AUGACUGAUGGAUCUUCAUCAUCAUCAAACCCAAAGAUGGACGUGGAUGUGUUGGUAGAUGAAUCCUACUUCUCUGCUUUAUUCGAUUACGAAGAACUUUUCCCAAUCUCCGACGAGACCUACGCAACGGUGCUUCAUCUCCAAGAAGCUCUCUUCUCUUCAUUGAUCGCUUCAACGGUAGAGAUCAAUCACAAUCCCCAAGUGAUUCACAGGCAUCUCGCCACUCAGAUUAAACAAGAACCAGGGAUCAAGAUCGAGAACGAAUCCUCCGAACAAUGUAGAAGGUUAUGCAUGAUCUGCAUGGACGAAAAACCUACCUCCGACAUCUUCCGAGGAACCAUUAACUGCACUCACACCUAUUGCUCCGAGUGUACCAUCCGUUACGUGGCUACCAAGAUCAAAGAAAACGCACCGAGGAUCAAAUGCCCUGACGUGGAGUGCACGCGACUCUUAGAGCCGUACACGUGUCGUGAUCUGAUCCCGAGGGACGUUUUCGAGCGUUGGGAGAAAAUCUUGUGCAAAUCGUUGAUCUCUUCUUGGGACAAACACUACUGUCCAUUCAAAGACUGUUCGGCUAUGAUGGUCGUUGACGAUGGAAGCAAUGCUAACGUGACGCAGACCGAGUGUCCUUCAUGUCACAGACUGUUCUGCGUGCAGUGUAAGGUGACGUGGCACGCUGGGAUUGGGUGUGAGGAGUUCCAAAGAUUUGGGAACUCGAAGAAGAAGAGUAGUGAUGAAGAAGAUGCUAUAUUGAUUCAGAUGGCUAAGAGUAAGCAGUGGAGAAGGUGUCCUAGUUGCAAAUUCUACGUUGAUAAAGUCGAUGGCUGCUUGCAUAUAAGUUGCAGGUGUGGAUUUCAGUUUUGCUAUGGUUGUGGAUCGGCGUGGAAUUCUCAUCACGCAUGUCGAAUCUAA